CCUCCUUCAGAAUCUUUCUGAUGCUAUCAAUUCCUGUGUCAGCAGGUUGGGUCUAUUUGAUCAUAUCAUAUUAGGCUAGAUAGGCGUGUGUCCAUGGGACACCAAUUUGAAUAGCCAGCCGUCCACUCACCACAUAAACCCACUGUUUUUCCAGCUGUCCCAAGUAACCCUCUAUCAUUCGUCGCAAUGCCUUGGGAGUCGAUCAAGCUGAAUUCUGGAUAUUACAUUCCAAGUAUCGCAUUCGGCACUGGGAGGCUAGGUAAUGGCCAAGGACCUGUCGACCAGGUUGAACAAGCUCUGGAAAAUGGGUACAACCAUAUCGACACUGCGCAAUCCUACGGGAAUGAAGGAGAGACUGGCGUCGCUUUGAAAGAGAGCGGACUUUCUCGUUCAGAUGUCUUUGUGACAACCAAAUACUCCGGUACAAAUGGCCUUGACAUCCCAACUUCUAUCAAGAACAGUGUCAACAGCCUCGGGGUAUCGUAUGUUGACCUUUAUCUGGUUCAUUUCCCGCGCCUGGCAGUACCUGACAUCCCAACAUGUUGGGCGCAAAUGGAAAAGGUCAAGGAGGACGGACUUGCUAAGAGCAUUGGUAUCAGCAGCUUUGGCGUUCAAGACAUGGAGAUUUUGUUAGGAUCUGCGAAAAUCAAGCCUGCGGUCAACCAGAUUCUCCUUCAUCCAUACGUCUAUCAACGACAGAAACCCAUUCUUGAAUAUGCUGCGAAGAAUGGAAUCGUCAUCGAGGCCUACAGCGCGUUGAUCCCCAUUACAAAGUUACCCGGUGGUCCUUUGGACAAACCGUUGAACGAAAUCGCAGCGAAGUUCGGUGCAACAACUGAACAAGUCCUUCUGGCGUGGACCAAAGCCAAGGGGGCCGUCGUCGUCACCACAAGUUCAAAGAAGACACGCCUGCAAGGCUACCUCGCGGCAGGUGAUAUAGUUUUGUCUGCGGAGGAUAUUGCUGCCAUUGAUGCUGCAGGCGCUUUGGGCGAGAAAAAAGUAAACAUGAAGACUGUACUGAAAAGGGUUGUCGUAGGAGCGAUCGCUUGCACUGCAGUCUUUGGUGCAUGCAACUUCUUCAGCAUUAGCAUGAUGUAAAGUGAUUGUUAGCCUUUGAUAAAUACUCAAAUGUCUCUAGUACUUGUUCAUCAUUCCGCCAGUCCAUCAAAAAUAUUGCAUGCUGCAUGACUAGUCAAAUAAAACUAUUUUCAAAAGUUU